GAUUUUAGAAAACUGAAAAAUAGCGAAGAUAAUAAAAGAAAAGAGACCCAAAAAAUCCAAAACCCAUACACAAAAUCAGAGAGUGUGUGUGCGCUCUUUCGUUAUCCCCAACACCGAGCAGCAGAGAGACAAUCUCUGCAGUAAGAAUGGCGGGAGAAUCAGCAGUCGCAGCAACUUCAACAAUGUCUACACUCCCAACUUCUUCUUCUAUCUGUAACGCGCGCCGCCCAAUUCAAUUCUCUCCUCGCCGGUUUUUACUCCGACCCAUUUCCCGACGAAGCUCUGUCUCCUCUUCUUCAUCUUGUUCUCAAUUCUUUGGACCUGUUGUACUCACUUCUUCUAGAAACUUCUCUUCUGUGCUUCCUAGACGAGGCUUCUCUGUUUCAGCCAUGGCUACCCCUGAAGAGUCAAAACGUGCAGUGCCGCUGGAGGACUACCGAAAUAUUGGAAUUAUGGCUCAUAUUGAUGCGGGUAAGACUACUACUACUGAACGUGUCUUAUUUUAUACUGGGAGAAACUAUAAAAUUGGUGAGGUACACGAGGGAACAGCUACAAUGGACUGGAUGGAACAAGAACAAGAAAGAGGAAUAACUAUAACCUCAGCUGCAACCACCACAUUUUGGGACAAACAUCGGAUUAAUAUUAUCGAUACCCCGGGCCAUGUUGACUUUACACUUGAAGUUGAGCGUGCUCUCAGGGUUCUGGAUGGUGCUAUCUGCCUAUUUGAUAGUGUUGCUGGGGUGGAACCUCAAUCUGAAACUGUGUGGAGGCAAGCUGAUAAGUAUGGGGUACCCAGAAUUUGUUUUGUUAACAAAAUGGAUCGGCUUGGGGCAAACUUCUUUCGAACAAGAGAUAUGAUAGUAACAAAUUUGGGUGCCAAACCAGUAGUGCUUCAGAUACCUAUAGGUGCAGAGGAUACUUUCAAAGGAGUUGUUGAUCUUGUGAGAAUGAAGGCUAUAGUUUGGUCAGGGGAAGAAUUAGGUGCUAAAUUUGAAUAUCAAGACAUUCCAGAGGAUCUUCUAGAGUUGGCUAAAGAGUACCAAGCACUGAUGGUUGAGACUAUAGUUGACAUGGAUGAUGAAGCUAUGGAGGCAUACCUAGAAGGAAUUGAGCCAGAUGAGGCUACCAUCAAGAAGUUGAUUAGAAAGGGAACCAUCUUAAACAGUUUUGUCCCUGUUUUAUGCGGUUCAGCAUUCAAGAACAAGGGUGUCCAGCCAUUGCUUGAUGCUGUUGUGGAUUAUCUGCCUUCUCCUCUUGAUGUGCCUCCAAUGAAAGGAACAGACCCUGAAAACCCAGAAUUGAUAAUCGAGAGGGCUGCUAGUGAUGAUGAACCAUUCAGUGGACUCGCUUUCAAGAUCAUGACUGAUUCUUUUGUGGGUUCUCUGACAUUUGUAAGAGUAUACUCAGGAAAGCUUGCUGCAGGAUCUUAUGUAUUAAAUGCGAAUAAGGGGAAGAAAGAGAGAAUUGGUAGACUUCUGGAGAUGCAUGCCAACAGUAGAGAAGAUGUUAAGGUAGCCUUAGCAGGUGAUAUCGUUGCUCUUGCAGGGCUAAAAGACACAGUUACCGGAGAAACAUUGUCUGAUACGGAGCAUCCUAUUGUACUUGAGCGGAUGGAUUUCCCUGAUCCUGUCAUAAAGGUUGCUAUUGAACCCAAAACUAAAGCUGAUGUUGAUAAGAUGGGAGCUGGUUUAGUCAAACUAGCUCAAGAAGAUCCAUCUUUCCACUUCUCACGAGAUGAAGAGAUCAACCAAACAGUUAUUGAAGGAAUGGGUGAAUUGCACCUUGAAAUUAUUGUUGAUCGACUAAAGAGAGAAUACAAGGUAGAAGCUAAUGUUGGUGCGCCCCAAGUAAAUUACCGCGAAAGCAUUUCCAGAAUUGCAGAAGUUAAGUACGUUCAUAAAAAGCAAUCAGGUGGGCAAGGACAGUUUGCUGAUAUUACAGUAAGAUUUGAACCGAUGGAACCAGGUAUGGGAUAUGAGUUUAAGAGUGAAAUUAAAGGAGGUGCAGUGCCCAGAGAAUAUAUACCAGGUGUGAUGAAAGGACUGGAGGAGUGCAUGAGUAAUGGAGUUCUUGCAGGCUUUCCUGUUGUAGAUGUACGUGCUGUAUUGGUAGAUGGCUCCUACCAUGAUGUUGAUUCAAGUGUUUUAGCAUUUCAAUUGGCAGCUAGAGGAGCUUUCAGGGAAGGAAUCAGAAAAGCGGCUCCAAAGAUGCUAGAACCAAUUAUGAAAGUGGAGGUUGUUACGCCCGAAGAACACUUAGGAGACGUGAUUGGUGAUCUCAACUCGAGAAGAGGUCAAAUCAACAGCUUCGGUGACAAACCCGGAGGUCUUAAGGUUGUUGAUUCCCUUGUUCCUUUAGCUGAGAUGUUUCAGUAUGUUAGUACACUUCGAGGAAUGACAAAAGGUCGUGCUUCAUAUACUAUGCAAUUGGCCAAAUUUGACGUUGUCCCUCAACACAUCCAAAACCAGCUUGCCACAAAGGAGGAUCCAGUUGCUGCUUGAUGUGUUUAUUCUCAUGGAGUCUUAGUGGAAAUGGAAGCAAUUGCUGCAUAAAGUUGUUUCUCAUGUAGAGAUCGAAAGAGAUCCGGUAUUAUAGCUUGUUAAUUGUUUGCACACGCCAAAGUCCUAGUUAUACUAAUUCUUUAUGCACCACAUACAUAAAACUUCAAUUGAUCUUGUAGUGGAAGGUAGGAAGUCAGUUUUGUCCUGCACUUUGAAAUUUUGAUUGAGCUCAUGAUUUCAUGCAAACUUUUCCUCUGAUUGGUAAAUAAAUUUGUCUUAUAUUGGAUUGCCCAA